AUAGGCAGUGCUCUAUCACACAGGGUGAUAGGAACAAAGCAUUUCCAAUAGUUUCAUAAAGUAAUAAAAGCAGUAUCAUACCUCCUGCAUGACCCGUAAUUGCUAAAUUUCGCUGCUUUUUUCAAAACACCUUGGAGCUCUGACAGUGAUUAAGCAUGGACUUAGCUUAUGAUAAUAGCUAUAGUUAUAAUGAUAGCUAUAGUUAUAACCGUAGCAAUAGCUCUAAUGAUAGUGGACUUUAUGAUUAUGGCGAUUAUUAUGAGGGUAACACAUCAAUCAAUGAUGCAUGCCACAAGACUGAAGUAAUAAAGUUUGGAGCAGUGGUCACCCCUGUCAUUUUUGCCAUGGUCAUCAUGUUCAGCUGUGUAGGAAAUGCACUGGUCCUCUUGGUGCUGAUUAAAUAUGAAAAUCUCAAAUCGCUGACCAACACCUUUCUCCUGAACCUGGCCAUCUCUGACCUCAUCUUUACCUUCGGCCUGCCCUUCUGGGCCAUCGACCUGGUCCAGGGUUGGAUCUUCGGAGACGUCGUCUGCAAAUCAGUGAACUUCAUCUUCUACCUGGGUUACUACAGCAGCCUGCUGUUUCUCACGGUUAUGACCGUGCAUCGCUACAUGGCCGUAGUGCACCCGCUGUCUGUGGUCUGGAACAGCUCUACGUACCAUUCCUUCGGAAUUUCUCUGUUCUUCUGGUUCCUGAGCUUCUGCGCCGCGACUCCUCAGUUCAUCUUCAAAACAGCGGUUCCUACCGAUGGCAGAGAUUACUGCGAUUAUAACAAUAACAUCACAUGGAAACUCAUUACUAUUUACGAGCAAAACGUCUUCUUCCUCCUGGCCUUCAUCACCAUCGCUUUCUGCUACAGUCGGAUUCUCAGCCGCCUCCUCAAACCCAUGUCGCACAGACGUCCCAAAACCAUCAGGCUCAUCCUCUGCAUCGUGAUCUCUUUUUACUUGGGUUGGACGCCGUACAACGUCUCCAUGUUCCUCAGUUCUCUGAUAUCCUUUCACAUCGCCCCGUUCAACGAGUGUCACGUCAGCAUCGCACUGGAUUUUGUCUCGACCGUCUCCCGGCUGGUGGCCUUCUCUCACUGUUGCCUCAAUCCAAUGUUCUACGUCUUCAUGGGGGUCAAGUUCAGAGAUCAUCUCAAGACGGCGCUGAAGAAUUUCGGCAGGAAAGACAAUCAUCUUCAAGACAGACGCCAAAGUCAUCUGAUUUACUCGAACGGGGAGGAAAUUACUUUGUAAUGGUUGAUCUUGCAGCAGCUCCUUUAUAGCAGGAAAGUAGUCCUAUUGAGCCUAGGAGCUUUAAAAUGUGUUAUUUUUUUUGCUAUGUUUUGUAUUUGUACAUAGCUUUUUGAUUACAGUGCAUUUAUUUCAAAAAAAAGUCCUUUUUUCACAAUUACUUUAAAACGUGUAGCCAAUCCUUUUACGUUUUUAAAAAAUAUACUUAUACUCUAAGAACACAUGCUGUAAAAAUAUUUUUUCCAAUCAUUACUGUAAUUUUUUUAAUUACAAUGUUAUUACAAUGUCUGUAAAUGUGAAAAAGUCUUUCUAUGCUUGCAAUAAUCACACUUGUUUUCACAUUAUGCAUAGACUUACGGAAACUGUGAGCUGCGAAACGCGUCAGCGAUCUCUGUAGUUUCAUCAUUUCUACAUCUCAUCUGCUGAACCUUGCCCCACACAGGGCCCCAAAAACUUUCGAGUCAACCGACAGACCACACAGAGCUUCAGCAGAGGGUUUGUGUUGAAGUUGACCUGUUCAUAUUUUCACUAUUUGCAAUUACAAUUCAGCAUGGAGCUCCAAAAAAAUUAUAGAAAAGAUUAUGGAUAAAUUUUGUGUAUAAUUUAGCCUGCAUUUAAAAAUGUUUUAAAAAGUCUUUAAUAAAUACUCAAUAAAA